CCUCUACACCACUUGAACGACCCAAAUGGAACACUUCUUAUUUUUAUUCACCAUAAGUUAUUAAUACUGAUAUUCUAUCUAGUUCUACAGAAAACGAUGCCCUAAUUACCAAGGAAAAUGUACAUAACUUUUUUCAUUUCUUUACAGAUCAUCUUCUACGAGGACAAGAACUUCCAGGGGCGCUCUUAUGAGUGCCAGGGAGACUGUUCUGAUAUGCACUCCCACCUCAGCCGCUGCCACUCCUGCAAGGUGGAGAGCGGCUGCUUCAUGGUCUAUGACCGUCCCAACUUCAUGGGCAACCAGUUCUUCAUGAGGAGGGGCGAGUAUUCCGACAUGAACAUGCUGGGUUGGAAUGACUGUAUUAGAUCCUGCCGCAGUAUCCCCAUGCACAGAGGACAGUUCAGAAUGAGGAUCUACGAGAGCGAGAACUUUGGUGGUCAGAUGAACGAGCUGAAUGAUGACUGUGACUCCAUUAUGGGCCGCUACAGUAUGUCUGACUGUAUGUCCUGCAACGUUAUGGAUGGCCACUGGCUCAUGUAUGAGCAGCCCCAUUUCAGAGGCAAGGUGAUGUACAUGAGGCCUGGAGAGUACAGAAGCUUCAGGAACAUGGGAUCCAACAACACAAAAUUCAUGAGCAUGAAACGUAUCCCUGAUAUGAUGUAACUGUUCUUGUAAAACUUUCUGGGACAAACAAUCGGUACAAUAAUGACUAAAAUAAAAUCUUACCCUUUUUACAUUGAGGAAUCAUUUUAAAGCAACAUACUGCCUACUGUUUUCCUACUACACACACACUUUACACAAAAGACCAGAAGACAAACUAUCAGCUCAUACAUAUACAGUACGUAUAUAUUCUUCAAUCAACAUUUGUUCUAUCCAGUUUCUUUCCA